UCUCAGACACUAAGAAAUAUAUAUCAAGAGAGUUUGAGUGUUUGGAAAAUGGAGAACUUCCCAGUAAUCAACUUGGAGAAGCUUAAUGGCGAAGAGAGAAAGGCUACUAUGGACAAAAUUCAUGACGCUUGUGAGAAUUGGGGAUUUUUUGAGUUGGUGAACCAUGGGAUAUCCCAUGAACUAUUGGAUACAGUGGAGACGUUAACAAAAGAGCAUUAUAGGAAAUGCAUGGAGAGAAGGUUCAAGGAGUUUGUGGCAAGCAAAGCCAUAGGGGGUAUUCAAGCUGAAGUUAAGGACAUGGACUGGGAAAGCACCUUCUUCUUGCGUCACUUGCCUGAGUCAAACUUCUGUGAAAUCCCAGAUCUCACUGAUGAAUAUAGGAAGUUAAUGAAGGAAUUUGCAGAACAAAUACAAAGGCUUGCAGAGGAACUACUUGAUUUGCUUUGUGAGAAUCUUGGACUAGAGAAGGGCUAUCUCAAGAAGGCCUUCUAUGGAUCAAGAGGACCAACUUUUGGCACAAAGGUUGCCAACUACCCUCCUUGCCCUAACCCAGAACUUGUGAAGGGUCUUCGUGCCCAUACCGAUGCUGGCGGCAUCAUCCUUCUCUUCCAAGAUGACAAAGUUAGUGGCCUCCAACUUCUCAAAGACGGCCAGUGGAUCAAUGUGCCUCCAAUGCGCCACUCAAUCGUCGUAAACCUCGGUGACCAAAUUGAGGUAAUCACAAAUGGGAAGUACAAGAGUGUGGAGCAUCGUGUUAUUACCCAGAGUAAUGGGACAAGGAUGUCUGUAGCUUCAUUCUACAAUCCAGGAAGUGAUGCUAUUAUACAUCCAGCACCACCAUUGAUUGAAGGAAAGGAAGAAGGAACCAAUCAAAUGUAUCCAAAAUUUGUGUUUGAGGAUUACAUGAAGCUCUAUGCUGCGCUCAAGUUUCAGGCUAAGGAACCAAGGUUUGAUGCCAUGAAAGCUGUGAACACUACUACUGCAACAGCUUAAGGAAGGACUUAUAACUACUGAUUUUGGGAAGGGAAAAGCAAGAAAUAAUACACACAUAAACCCAAAAAAAAAAAAGGCUUAUGAUGACUUAAAUUUUUUAUUCACAUUCUUACUAUAGAGAGGGUGAAUUUUAUUGGUUGUACGUCGUCAUGAAUUUGUCAUUAACAGUAGCGUUCUCUUUUUUUUUUUUUUUUUCCAUUUGUUGGAUUUCUGGUUUUUCUUUGUUCUCGAGUAAGAGAAUAAAAGUUGACUGCAGUUUCAAGCAAUAUUUAAUUUAGUUAAACUUCUGAAUUUUGGAACAUGAACAACUUUUCCCCGUAAUCAUAUCGCAUGCUCUAUCAUGAUAAAUCGAAGGAAAUAUUCGAUGGAAUUAAUCUUAUUUUUAGAGAUGGAAAUCCUCGACAUGCACUGUGGUCUACAAUCAAUGACAUCUGAUUAUGUCUACUGGCCAGAGAUAUGAACUAAGAUUUUCACCCAGAGAUAUGCUCACUUACGCUGAUAACUAGCCAAGGAUGCUCGCUACAGAAGUAUUGACUUUGUUCGUCAUUUAUCUGUCCCGAAUAUCUGUGCUGAGCAAUAUGCUCUUGACAUGUUUUUAGUCUGAUUAUUUCUCAAGCUUAGGUUUGCCUCUUGUAAUUAGAAAAACAGAAAUAUUCAAUGAU